AUGGAGCCUAUUACCCAUACGCUUGCAAAGGUAUUGUAUGAAAUGAGGUUUUAUGAGAAAUCGGAGGUUGAAGCGGUGAAGAGAAAGGGGAUUUACAUGUCAAUGUUUAACCCAUUCACAAUUUGCAGAAUUUCCGAUGUUCCUCAGCAAAGUGAUGGUAAGCUGUGUUCAUUUAAAGCACUUUGUGGAUGUUGUCAAUAUGUGCACUUCUAA